AUGCCUCGCUCGACAGGGGACGAAGAUGCGACGGCGCGCUUCCUGGCCAAGUACGGCGUGGCCAAGCUUGCCGAGCAGUGGAACUUGGCACCAGAGGUGUGCGCCACGCUAACCAAGUUAAACAUUCGCUCGUUCUUCCCCGUACAGGCCGUGGCCAUCCCCAAGAUCCUGGCCAGUGACAGCGACCGCGUGACGGAUAUUUGCAUCUCGGCGCCAACCGGCAGUGGUAAGACACUUACGUAUGUGGUGCCUAUCGUGCAGCGCCUCCUUCCACGCGUCGUAUGUCGCGUUCGUGCGCUUAUCGUGCUACCAAGUCGCGAUCUGGCCGUGCAGGUACAUCAGAUCGUCCAGCAGUUUGUUCAGGGCACACCUCUUAAGUGCGGGUUAGCCAUCGGCCAGAGCAACUUCGCAGCAGAGCAGAACGCUCUGGUGGGGGCCACUUCAGGGAACAAAGUGAUCGCCACAACUGAUGGAGGCCGCAGCUUGGUGGACAUCCUGGUGGCCACACCCGGUCGUCUCGUGGAUCACCUGGAACAGACGCCGGGCUUCACACUGCAGCACCUUCAGAUCAUGAUCGUCGAUGAGGCCGAUAGACUGUUAAAUCAGUCGUACCAGGACUGGAUCUCGAAGGUCUACGCUAGUGUCUUUAACGGCCAGGAGGUGGACGAGGACGGCCUCACCCUUGGCGUCGGCGUCACUUGUCGUCGCCAGGACUCCAUCAACAGACGUCGCAUCCGUACGCCUCUUACAAGAGUAUUGCUGUCUGCUACACUGACACGUAACCCGAGGAAGCUGGCCGCCAUCGGUAUGAGCAAUGCUGAGUUGACCAAGAUCGGCCGCAUUGACGACCCGCUGGCUGAUAACGCGAAGUUGGGCAAUGCUGGUGACUCGGAUGAUGAAGAUGAAGACGGUGACGAAGCUACCGGAUCGAAGAAAAUGUACUCGACGCCUACGAAUCUGGAUGAGUACUGGAUCGAGUGUGACACUGGAUCAAAGCCGCUUGUGCUGCUGGAGCUGCUGAGCGAGUUUGCGGGCUCAUUGUCCAUUGUCUUCACGGCUAGUGUGAACUCGACCCAUCGUCUGGCCCGACUACUCCAAUUGUACUCUACCCACCCGGAGCGUAUUCGAGAGUUCUCGAGUAGUCUUUCGCAGAAACAGAGAUCGUCCUUAGUGGCAGACUGCAAGGCUGGGCGUGUGGAGACGGUCGUGUGUUCCGAUGCUAUGGCCCGUGGUAUGGAUAUCGAGGAUGUCGCGAACGUCGUAAACUACGACGUACCGUCGUUCAUCAAGACGUACAUUCAUCGUGUGGGUCGUACUGCUCGUGCUGGCCGUCACGGUCGCUGUGUGACGCUUGUGAAAUUGGGCCAGAUGAAGAGCAUGAUGCGCAUGCUCAAGAAAGCCGACAACAACAAGUUGAAGCCGUACGCGCUCCAACAGGAACACAUGAAGACGCUGGUGCCUCGAUACACUGAAGCACUGCAACAGCUCAAGGACACGCUCGAAGCAGAGAAGGCUGGCAAGCUGCAGGCCACCUCUAUUCUUCGCAAGAAUAAGAUGUCUGUAAGCGGAGGAGACGACAUCGCAGAGGAGGAUCUGACUGAGGAAGUCGUCAGUGCAGACAAAAAGCGAGCGUUCUCUGUUCUUAAUGCUCAGCUUGAGCGGAACUUGGGGCAACGAAAAGUUCGCAAGCAAUAG